AUGUCAGAUUCAAUAAAUUUAAUAAUCAAUUUAACAAACCCUGAUAAUAAUAUUCGAAAAUCAUCAGAAUUGGAAUUCAAUUCAUUAUUGAAAUGUGAUCCAUCAAAUAUAUCACUUCAUUUAAUUGAAUCAGCAUGUAAUUCAAAUUUAUCAACUGAUAUCAGGCAAUCAUGUUUAUUAAAUUUAAGAAGAAUUGUACCACAAUUUUGGUCAUUAAGUUUUGGUUCAUUUAUAGGACCGCCUAUAAAUCAAGAGAUUAAAACAAUUAUAAGGAAAAAUUUAAUGGAUUUAGCUUUAAAUACUUUUGAAUCAAAAUUAAGAAAUGGAAGUGCUUAUUGUAUUACUCAAAUUGCAUACAGUGAUUUUCCUGAUGAAUGGCCAAGUUUAUUAAAUGAUUUAUAUUUAGCGACUAUUAAUUUUGAAAAUUCAAAUAAUGUUUUGGGAGGUUUACAAGUUUUAAAUGAUUUAUUUGAUGAUUUUAUUAAUGAAGAACAAUUUUGGGAAGGUGGAAUAUGUAGUCAAAUUACUGAUCAGUUGAACAACAUAUUAAAUGCUAAUUUAACUGAUGAAAUAAAAAUAAAAGCUAUAGCGUUAUAUGAAAGUGUUUUAAACAUACUCAAAAGUCCCGAGGCAUUCAAUAAUUUACAAAGAAAACAAUUUGUUAUAAAUCAUGUGAACCAAGUUUUAAAUAUUUUCAUCAAUUUAUUAACAAAUUGUGAUUCUAUAUUGAAAGGUUCAAUCUAUAGAGUAAUUGCAAUUCUAAUUGGAGAAUUUCAUAAGAAAAUCAAUCUUGACUUGAAGUCCAAAAUUUUGAAAAUUUCUUUGAGUGAUUUAUCUAAUAUUGCACCAGUUUAUGAGAAAAAGGCAUUAAGUUCAGAAGAAGGUUUAAUGGAAUAUAAAAAUGUAAUCGCUGAACUUUUAAAUACAAUUGCAUGUAUUCAACAUGAUAUUUCAAUAGGUAAUACUUUGUUUGUUAAAGAUUUGAUAGUCUGUUCAAUUUUACCAAAUGAAAAAAUUGAACAAUAUGAAGCUGACUUGAACACUUAUGUAAGUGAUAUUUCUGGUUUAUCCACUGAUGUAAAUAUAAGAGAAUCAGCACUUGAUUUCUUAAAUGACUUAAAUGAAUCUGAUGCAAAUUUGAUCUUUAAUGAGGUUAUAAACAAUCUAAAUUGUGAAAAUUGGAGAAUCUUGGAAUCUGAAUUAUAUAUUCUAGAAGGUUUAAUGAGUGGAGAUGCUGAAAUAAAAAAUGCUCCAAAUUUAAACAUAUUAACCCAAUUUAUUAAAGAUCAAUCAAUUGUUACAUCAAGAGUUUUUAUAUUGUUGCCAAAAUAUUUUGAGAAAUUUUCAGAUAAUCACGCAAAACAAGUAUUUAUAGAUAUGAUUUUAUUUGCUGAAAAGAGUACACCAUUUAUCAAAGUGUCUGCAUUAGUAAGUUGUUUACCAUUUAAUCAAGUUUUAAGUUUCAAAGAGUUGGAUGUUUCAAUUCAAACAAAAAUAUUUCAAAUUGUUUAUUCAUUAAUUGAUGAAUGUGAUGAAGAUGGAUUACCAGUAUUAUUGGAAGCUAUCAAUCAAGCAAUUAUAAUUAGUCCUAAUGAAGCAACCUCUAAUGAUACAAUUGAUUUAAUUUUUAAAAUUUCAUUUAAAGACACUCAUAAUAUUCAACUAGUUUCAGAUUCAUCUGAUUGUUUAAUUACAUUAUUAUCAGACGUUAAUAUUGAAAAUUAUAUAAAUAUUUGUGAAAAAUCAUUACCAAUGAUUAUAAAUAUUAUUAAAGAAAGUAAAAAUGAAUAUAAUUCAGAUUUAAUACUUGCAUUGGAAUUUUUAGGGAUAGUUAUAAAAUCAUGUCCAACUGAAGAGUUACCAGAAUCAAUAUUUAAUUAUAUAUUUCCAGUCUUGGAAUCUAUUUUAUUAAAUGCUAUUGAUGAUCAGAUUUUACAAUAUGGUGGUGAAGUACUUAAUGAUUUGAUUCAAAAAUCAUAUCCAUAUUUUAAUUCAGAAACAAAUAUCUCAAUAUUAAUGAAUAUAAUUUAUAAAUUUUUAUCACCUGAAUUAUCAGAUUCUGCUGCUAAUAAAUCUGGAUUAUUGGUUGAAUCUUUAUUUUCAAAAUUUUCAAAUUUUAUAAACAUUAAAAUUUUAUCACAUAUUUUAAAAAUGACAGUUGAUAGAUUAGUAAUCGCUAAAGAAGUUCCAACUAUUGAAAAUUUAAUUAUGGUAUUUUGUCAAUUAGUAUUAAAAUCACCUCAAGAAAUUAUCAAUUUUUUAAAUUCAAUGAAUAUUGAAAACCAAUCAAGUUUACAAGUCAUAUUACCUAUUUGGUUUGAAUCUUAUGAAGUAACAAGAGGAUUUGAAAAUAUUAAAAUGAACACAUUAGCAUUAGCAAAGAUAUUUUCAUUAAAUUCAUCAAUAAUUGAAACUAUAAUGGUUCAAGGAGAUCCAUUACCGUUUGAUAAAGAUUUAAUUAUAACUAGAUCAAAAGCAAAAGAAUUAAAAUAUGAAACAAUUUCAGCUCCGUUAAAGAUUUUAAAAUUAUUAAUUGCAGAAUUGGAAUUUCAACAAACCAAUAUACAAGAAGAAAAUGAAGAAUUACAACAAGAAGUUCAAGAAGGAGAUGAUGAUGAUGAUGAUGGUUGGGAAGACGUAGAUGAAAUGUCAAUACCUACAUUUGAAAAAUUGAAAAGUUAUAUUAAUGAUGAAAAACAACAUGAUCAAGAUGAGAGUUUAAAAGGUUUGUUAUUGGAAUUUUUCAAAGAAUGUACAAUGAAAAAUUUAGGUAAUUUUGAAAAUUAUUAUAAUCAAUUAACAGAUAAGGAAAAGAAGAUAUUAUCAGAUAAUUUGUUAUUUUAA